ACAGGUUGGAGCAGCAGACUGACGCUGUGUCGCGCAGACUGAAGGCUGGAGCCGUCCGUCUCUUUCCUGGAGGAAUACGCUUUAUUAUUGUGGAUUUCAAACGGAGAAUCCUAGUUUGUGAUUAAAAACUGGGGAUUUUUUCCCCCCUCCACAUUCUCACAUCACCUCGGCGCGGUGAGAAGCCGGGGAAAGGAGCGGUGACACUCCGCUGGAAGAAGCUGCUUUUACCUCGCAAAGAGACGCCAACAAAGGGAAGUAGCCUGCUGCCCGGUGAGGUAACGUAAGUUAGUGAAGCAACACAUAGAAAGUACGGCAGCGGUCACUUCUUCACUAUGGUUUACAACAGACUCGUUCGUACGGUUUUGACUUCAUCGUUUUUCAUUCUGCUCCUAAACGUGGGGAUUUUUCGAGUAAAUGGGCAGUACGGCGGCGGUGACCGGGGAAUGUCUAUACCGGAGCACGGCUUCUGCCAGCCGAUUUCCAUCCCGCUGUGCACGGACAUCGCGUACAACGAGACUAUCAUGCCCAACCUGCUGGGUCACACCAACCAGGAGGACGCUGGGCUGGAGGUCCACCAGUUCUACCCGCUGGUGAAAGUGCAGUGCUCUCCGGAUUUAAAGUUCUUCCUCUGCUCCAUGUAUGCGCCGGUGUGUACGGUGCUGGAGCAGGCGCUGCCGCCGUGCCGCUCUCUGUGCGAGCGCGCGCGGCAGGGCUGCGAGGCGCUCAUGAACAAGUUCGGCUUCCAGUGGCCCGACACCCUCGCGUGCGAGUCCUUCCCGGUGCACGGCGCGGGAGAGCUGUGCGUCGGGCAGAACAUGUCGGACCGCACCGAGCCGGACGCGCCCGGCCCCUACCCUACCGAGCGCAUCUAUCCUGACCCCGUGAACGGUCAGUUCAGGUGCCCGACCUCGCUCAGGGUGCCCCCCUACCUGAACUACCGCUUCCUCGGGCAGGAGAACUGCGGUGCACCGUGUGAGCCGAAAAGAUCUCACGGGAUGAUGUACUUCAGCGAGGAGGAGCUCAAAUUCGCGAGGAUAUGGAUCGGCAUCUGGUCGGUGCUGUGCUGCGCUUCCACUCUGUUCACAGUGUUGACCUACCUGGUGGACAUGAAGCGCUUCAGCUACCCUGAACGCCCCAUUGUCUUCCUGUCCGGCUGCUACACUAUGGUGUCCAUCGCCUACAUUGCAGGGUUCUUACUGGAGGACAAGGUGGUUUGCAAUGACAGGUUUGACAAUGAUAUAAGGACUGUGGUGCAGGGCACUAAAAAGGAGGGCUGCACCAUCCUCUUCAUGAUGCUGUACUUCUUCAGCAUGGCCAGCUCAAUCUGGUGGGUGAUCCUGGCUCUCACCUGGUUCCUGGCAGCAGGGAUGAAAUGGGGCCACGAGGCCAUCGAGGCUAACUCUCAGUACUUCCACCUGGCAGCCUGGGCCGUGCCCGCCAUCAAAACCAUUACCAUCCUGGCUGUGGGGCAGGUGGACGGGGACGUGUUGAGCGGGGUUUGCUUCGUGGGUAUCAACAGCGUGGACGCCCUGCGAGGCUUCGUGCUGGCUCCGCUGUUUGUCUACCUGUUCAUCGGCACCUCCUUCCUCUUGGCAGGAUUCGUGUCCCUGUUUCGCAUCCGCACCAUCAUGAAGCACGACGGCACCAAGACGGAGAAGCUGGAGAAGCUGAUGGUGCGGAUAGGGAUCUUCAGCGUUCUGUACACCGUGCCGGCUACCAUCGUCAUCGCCUGCUACUUCUACGAGCAGGCCUUCAGAGAGCAGUGGGAGAGGACGUGGAUCAGCCAGACGUGUAAGACGUACGCCGUGCCGUGCCCUAUCCAGAACCACCCCAACAUGAGCCCCGACUUCACUGUCUUCAUGAUAAAGUAUCUCAUGACACUCAUUGUGGGCAUCACCUCCGGCUUCUGGAUCUGGUCUGGGAAGACCCUCAACUCCUGGAGGAGGUUUUCCACGAGACUGGCCAACAGUAAACAGGGUGAGACCACAGUGUGAUGUGGUUUCACACAGAUUCACACAGACUGCUUAGUGACAAACUGAAUGGUAAUCCUUUUUAUUAUUUUCUUUUUGAUUUUUCUUGGACUUACAGGAGACACUCGGUAUGUUUUUUAAUGUACAUAUUCAUUUGUGAGAUUUUUGUAAGUAUAUAUUUGUAUUUAAAGAUUUUAAAAGUUCUUUCUUUAAAAAAAAAAAACAAACACUUUUUUUCAUACUUUGGACAUAAUGGAAUUGUACUUAAUCAUCACAAAGAGCCAGCUGACCAUCAAGGAUCCUGAGGUCUCAUGACCUGACUUACUGUGGUCACCACUGGGAGUAUUUCACAUUCAGUGUUUGUGUCUUUGAUCAGUGAACAGCCUGUGAGCGGUGGGUCUAUUCUAAGCAGAGUCCCGUGAAACCCAAGUGCUUCCUCGUGGCUCCCUCUUAUCCUGAUUAACCAGCUGUAGUUUUGUGUCUGUUGUACAGUGGAGCAGCAGUUGCCUGUGUCUGAAGGGAAAUGUCAGCAGUCUGGGACAAAAAAACGGUGCACAGGUUGUGAAUGUGAGUCAUUGUGACAGAUGGUUGUGGCCUGUACCUCAGGGCCCAACAGUUAAAACAUUCCUUUCCAAGUAAAGCACACAGUAUCAUGUCAAUUUGAAGGACCAUACCAGGAUUUUUUUUUUUUGCAUGUUUUAGUUCUGAAAAUCAGGCGUAUUGUGCAGUAUUACAUACUCUCAGGCACAUUUUUCAGGAAACUGGCUUUUUUUUCUCUCUCGCUACAAUAUGAAAAUCAACCCACAGACACUUGAAACUUCCUUAAGUUAAUACUCUUGCACAGUGUUCAUCAUGGCGAUGCUUAAUAUUGUAUAGGUUCUGUUCUGAUUGAUUUGUAAAGGCUUCCCUGCGACCAAGUGAAAGCAGAGAAGUUGUCCACAGAUGUAUAAGCUGACAAAUAUCAAGUCUGUGCAGGUUGAUUUUUCUACUGUGGUGAAAUGAAUUGAAAGCAGAGGCUGCCUGACAGGAAGAAUAACAGGGUAUGAUGUUAAAAAUGAUCAGCUGUUAAGUACAUGUAAUAUGUAAUAAAAAAGGGCUAAGACAUGCAAAAAAACACCAGUCAGGCCAUUUAUAACAGUGAUGUGUUUUUAAUUCAGAGCAGAAUUAUGGUCUGUAUUUGUAGGAACAUAAAAUAUAAAAAAAAAAAAAUCAGCCCAUCAUGGCAGUUGGAGUGAGAAUGUUAAAGCACAAAGCUGGAAAACAUAAAUCUAGCAGACAACCUCUGUGUGUUUAAACACAUUUCCUAAUAGUCAUUUUUUAUGUACACAGUGCUGUGUGAAAUAACUGGACAUCCUUUGAGCCUUGUUUUGCCACAAACUCAUCUUAAGAUUUUUUUUUCUAUCACACCACACUAAUAAGCAAAUUUGAUGCAUUUUAUGUGUUUUUAAUUUACCAAAAUGAACAAACUGUGUGCAGAGUAGGUGCAUGUUUUUUAUCAUGAGAGUAGAACUGAAAUGCCAAACAUGGUUCCAGCCUCUUAAAUGUUGAUGACAAAUGAGGUUUUGCUUCUUUCUGUCUUCUAAUAGUAAACUGAAAAUCUGUUUUUAUAGAGGGGAAAAAAAAAGAUUAUUCAGCUAACUGAGAAAAUAAUUGCAGAUUAAUUAACGGUGACAAUAAUCAUUAGUCGCAACCCUGCCUGGAGAUUAAAUAUGUCAGUGAGAAAUAUUUGAUCAAACGUUAACAUUUAAUGCAGUCCCAAGCUUUUGAACACUGACUACAUCCAGAAUUGGACUAAUUUAGUCUUUUAUUGCCAGCUAAAGUAAAUAAUGAAUCUCAGUAGAAUUUUAAUGUGUUUUUUUUUAGAGUGAAGGAUGAGUUCAGUUUUAGAAAAUAUGGUGGAACAUGAGGGUCAUUUCUGGACAUCUUUGGGGUCUAGAUAGUAAAAAAAAUCAAUGAUCAUAUUCUCCAAUCUGCAAAUACAUUCAACUUACUUUGAAUGGAGUUUAUGUUCUCAGAUACUUGACAGGAAAUGCACUCACAUUUUUUUUUCUAAUUUUAUUCUGGUUGUCCAUUCAUAAAAGACAUUUAUAUUUGAAUAGCAUAUUUACAAUCAUUUUCAUAACCUUCAUUAGAAUAAUCAGAACGUCCUGUAGAACAACACGUUGUUCAAAAGCUUAAGAGGUGUCCAAACGUGAGCAUGGCACUGUAAAAUAUGAUCAUAUCUAGAGAUGAUAGCAGCGGAGCUUGUUUAUCAUGCACAUAAUCAUAAAUGUUUGUAACCCAACACAUUUUUGAUUCAUCUUUUCCCCAUGUAUUUUUCGAAACUGGAGGAUGAUGAAUAUGUCAGUUAUUGUUGAGAGGAGACUUGGGUUGAUCUGCAGGAUAAUUUGAUCCUGGUGAACAUAGCUGCGUGUCUGCACUGUGGGACUGAAGAGCAGCCAGCAGCUUGCAUGUCUUCCACUGCAGGAGAAAGGAAGCCUUGUGUUGAAAUGCAGAGCGGCUGCUGUCAGUGCAGCUCGGCUCACACACACACACACACACACACGCACACACACACACAUGCACGCACACACACAUCAUGACUUGUGCUCUUGUCAAAUGCUCUUCCACACGGUGCUUCCGGUUCAUAAUAAUCCUUUUAUUGUGUUGACGGCUCUACAAUAGUCAUGGCUUUGAAGUAAUUUCCUUUGCAUUUGCUAUGAAGAGAACCUUUAUAUUUAUAGAAAAAAAUCUUAUAUAUACACUACAUUGAUUGCUUUAUGAGAAUAAAAACAAUCUCACCAUUGCAACGGCCAA